AUGAACUCGUGCGCUGGGGAGGCGGAAACUGAGCAGGAAGAGCCCAGUCAGGACGAAACCCAGCGGAGCUUCACAGAUGUCGGCUUCGUCCCUGUCUUUGCAGUGGCUCUGGUUCUCUUUGCCGGCUGCCUCUCUAUCGCACUGGGCAGGGGAAGCUUCCAGCGACUUGAAUGCCCCGCCGACGACAAGGUGGACGUCCGUGGCUGUGAAGUCAUGGGUGCCUCCUUGCAGAGCUACCCCUCCUCUCCCGUGGCAGGGAUGCUGUGUAUGCCCAGCCCAGCACACAUGGUCCAGGACGUGAGGGUCCUCUUCUCUUCCAACGCCUACUUCAAGACCUUGUUUGAUCUCUUGGAGCUCAGCUUCGAUUGGGAGCAGCCCAUGCUGGCGGCCAUCGUGGCUUCCUGCCUCUCCCACGCCUAUCUUUUGUGCCUCUCGGAAUCCGCAGAGGCAGUCCUCUACUUUGGCUUGGUCUUCCUGGUCGUCGCGCCGAUGAUGACCGGCCUGCUUUUCAUGUACAUGUCGGUGAGUCCGGAUGUCGUGGCCCCUCGGUCUUUUGCGGAGCUGAUCUCGACGGGCAGCACCCACGCAGACAGGGCCGUCGGAUGCUCGUUUCUGGUCUUGGCCCUCCUAGCGACCUGCGUAGCUGCAGUCCGGGCCAAGAGCAUCGACGCCGCGCUUCCCAGCUUGGAAGAGGCCGCGGACUGCUUUCGGGAGCUGCCGUGCAUGGGCCUCGAGCCUUGGAUCUCCGGUGCAGUGAAGGUCGCAUUGCUCAUUCCCGGCUUCUUCGGCUUCCUCAUGCUGAAUGUGUCUGGCGAGAUGGUGGAACCAGUGGACUUCUCACAGUCCAGCGCCAUCUACCGCUCAGAUGUCAGGAUCCUUCUCUCCCUCGUGUAUUACGCCGUGAUUUACGUAUGGAUUCUGGAGCUGCAGCAUGCCCUCUCGCAGUUUGCGACGAUGUUUACAACACAGCUCUGGUUCUUUCGAAGGUCCAGGGGUGAUGCUCCCGCAACUCCCGCCCGGAGUGCUUGUGACAUGCUCCUGGGCUACCGAGUCGGACUCUUCUAUCAUUUGGGGUCCCUCCUUUUCGGAUCUCUGCUCUGCACCUUCCUGCGCCUUCCGCAACUCCUGGCCUCCAUGGUGGUCCAAGCAGUGGAAGAGCGCAAGAAUCCCGUGAGUCAACUUCUCCAGAGAUCCUGUCAGUGCUGUGUCAGACAGGCAGAGAGGCUGCAGACUACUGUAACAAGCCUGGGGUAUUGCGACAUUGCCAUGAAUUCUUCAGCAUACUGUGCCGGAUCCGAGAAUGCAAUGAGCAUCGUCGAGGAGAACGGCACGGGGCUCUUGGCAGACAGAGUUGCCGGCACCAUUUCCCUGAUCGGUGUCGGAUUGGUUUCUCUUGGAACAGCCCUUAUUUCCUGGUUGCUCUGCAGCUCUUUAAGCCGCUACAACAGCGUAACCAGUGAGCACUAUGUUGCGGACAAGAGAGCCGUGAUGCUUUGCUCUGCCGUCGUUGGUGCCCUUCUGUCCUUACCUUUCAUGCAUUUGUACGAUAGCAUCUGCGACGCGAUCAUCUAUUGCAAAGCCCUGGAGGCGCGUCGCUCGAACUCUUUCUUAAGGGUUGGCUGUUGGAAUUUCUUCGGGCCUUGA